CCUUUGGCAACCACUAACGUGCCAAAGGUGUACACCCACUGACAAGUCCAUGGACUAAACCAGACUAACCAUCCAUACACUACUUUUCUCCCCUCUUUCAGAUGAGAUGACUCUAUUAGUGUUGGUUUUGAAUUUUUCAACUUAACAACGGAUGGUACCCUCUCAACAUGUCCUGCCUUGGCGGGCUUGCAAGGGGUCUCCUAAUCCUCUGCCUUAGCCACCUUACUAGACCCUUUGGGUUGAUGUUGAGCAAUGAUGGCGUUUGGGGGGUUCGAGGAUUCCCAUUUCCAACCACCAAUAGUUUGGACACGGAGGGGACAAUUUUCCAUCUUCCGGAAGUUAGAAAGGCAAGGGAACGAAGAGGUUUAGCAACCGAGGAAGAUCAAGAAGAAAGUGUGCAUGAAGGAGGAGAGGCGCAUAUUCCCACUCUUCAACCGAUUCACCCACCGAGCAACAAUGCAAGAGAUUAUAGGAUUGAGGCGAUGAUAGUGGUUAUCCUUCACAACCAACGAAGGGAGAAGGAAGCGCGGCUCCAUAUCAUGGCGUGCGUCCACACGAUCAUGGAGAAGAUGAACAUUCUGAUACAUUCAACCGCUUCACCUCUCCAACACUUCUAUACGACGAAGAAGAAGAAGGACCCUCCGAGGAGGAAUGAAUUCUAGGUAUCCAGGGUCUACGUUCUAUCUUUUCUUUUUCUUUGCUUUUCUUUAUUUCAAUUAAAAAUGUUUUAUUAUCAUUUCCUUUUCUUUUUACUUUCCGUAUGUUAAUUACUCUAGCACUACUAGUAGUACUUAUUAUAUAUAGGUGACUACUUCGGUGCACUCACAAAAAUGAGUGCGUUCAAUGCACCCAACUCAAAAACUAGUCUUAAGGUGUCGGAUUUUGAAUUUUAAUUUGUAGAAUUAGUGUAAUAUGAUUAUAUAACACAUGAUAACAACUAAUUAAUGGAUUACCCUAACCCCUAGACCUCCAAUUUUGAAUUCUAUCACUAAACCCCAAAUUGCAAACCCUAAACCUAAAUCUCUAAACUCUAAAUCUUUCAAAUUAAAGUAAAUCUCUGAA